AUGACACUUGGAAGGGGCUGCACAAGUUUUGCGCCUGUUAAAGUGUCUGCGGGCAACAACAGUUUGAACAUUCAAAUAGCAAUAGCAUUUGCAAGCUAAACUCCAGCCCGGCGUUUGCAAGAGUUUCGGCAUGAUUUUCAUGGUCGUCCUGCCUGCAUUGCUUGGCGCUUUUGCGCACCUGGACACUUUUACGCACGGGUGCCAGCUCCCGUCCGAGUGGCGCCCACUGAGCGAGGGAUGCCGCGCAGAGCUGGCGGAGAUAAUCGUGUACGCCCGGGUUCUGGCAAUCCACCGGGAGCCCCUGGCUGGCAGAGGGGUGGGUAACUCGUUGCCUUUCGGAUUUGGAUACGGCUACGAGGGCGCGGAGGAAGGGCUACUGUACUCGGCGGAGGUGGAGCUGUUGUGCGAUCAAGCCUGGGGGAGCAUGCUGGAGGUACCCGCCGGGUCCCGGCUUAAUUUCACUGGACUGGGCUACCUCUCCUGUCAGUCUCAUACAGUGAUGGAGAACUAUUCCUACUUCUUCUUCCUCAGGAUGGAUGAGAACUACAACAUCCUCCCCCAUGGCGUCAACUUCCAAGAUGCCAUCUUCCCGGACACGGCCGAGAACAGGCGCACCUUCUCCAGCCUCUUCCAGUUCUCCAACUGCACCCAGGGGAGCCAGCCGUUCCACACCUUCAGCCCAGAGUGGGAAACCCUGGAGGACAGCAGGCUGCUGUGUUCCUCUGUGCAGGCGGCGCUGUUUGAGGAAGAGGAGCGAGGUCGCAAGAUACAGGAGCGCCUGGUCGCUGCGGACAGGAGGAACAAGCAGCUGAAGGAGCGUGUUCGCAAAGUAAAACGCUCCCUGAGGAACGCCCGCAGGGCGGCUCGCAAGGCCGAGCGAGAGGCGCAGGAGCUGCUGGUGAAGCUCAAGGCUGCCGAGCGCCAAGCAGGCCAUCAUCUCAACACCAUCACACAGGAAGAACCUCCACCAGGGCGCUAUGCCGGCACAGCCAUUCGCCAGAGCAUGCAACUGUGAUGAACCACAUUCGAACCUGCUUGCCUAAAGGGGCCGUGUGUAAUGACAGACUGCUGGGCGGUCUUAUGGACAAAUCCUCAUAUGACUUUCAGGCUAAUUAUGGACGAGGACCUUCUGUAAAUAAAUUGCGCUCUUUCUGUGUAACCAUGAUUGCUAUAACACACAACUGGUUUCACUCCAGGUUAUAUGGGGUAUGAUAACAAAAGCAGGCGACCUGGAAGAGAAUUAAAGCAUAUUUACUUGCCUCUUGCAGGAAGAUCAAGUUGCAUCUUCAGGUCAUCUUGGAAUGCCAUUGAAAUUCAGAGUUCAUACUGUAAGUUCUCUGUAAAGAAGCAAGAUGGUGGAGUCACUUUUCAAGUCUUAACAGUGGUUACUCUGUCAGAGUACUAGUUGCAACAUAUGGUACUUUUUGCUGACCAAAUGUUCUGAUAUAAUUUCUGAUUUCACUUUAUGUCCAAUGUCAUUUAUUACUCAAAACCAAAACAGUUUGUGAGGAUUAAUCAAACUGAAAUGUAUUAUGUGAUGUCAUUUUUACUGGGAAAAAGACACUAGGCUUUUUAAAUGAUAAAAUUGGAUUUGGAUCAAAAACAGUGUGGUUGUGGCAUAUUUUUGAAGGCCUCAUAUUAGUAUUAGUAUUUUACCUUUACCUUACCUAGUAUUUUACCUGAUCCUCAUGAGGGUCACGGGUGUAUUAUGCUGGAGCCGAUCCCAGCUGUCUUUGGGCGAGAGGCAGGGUACACCCUGGACUGGUCGCCAGCCAAUCACAGGGCACAUAUAGACAAACAACCAUUCACACUCACAUUCAUACCUUUUAGAGUUCCCAAUUAACCUGCUAAGUUAACAUUCAUUCAUUCAUUCAUUCAUUUUCUACUGCUUUUCCUCACGAGGG